AUGUCGCUUUAUGUCUCAGACACUUAUGAUAAAUCGAGUGCUUCACCCAAAAUUCAAUGUAUAAAAAUAUGUGCGAGCACCCAUCGCUGUCACACCGUCACACCGCCGCAUCGUCACACCGUCACACCGCCACACCAUUACAGCGUCACACCGUCACACCGCCACACCGUCACACCGCCACACCGUCACACCGCCGCAUCGUCACACCGUCACACCGCCACACCAUUACAGCGUCACACCGUCACACCGCCACACCGUCACACCGCCACACCGUCACACCGCCACACCGUCACACCGCCGCAUCGUCACACCGUCACACCGCCACACCAUUACAGCGUCACACCGUCACACCGUCACACCGCCACACCAUUACAGCGUCACACCGUCACACCGUCACACCACCGCAUCGUCACACCGUCACACCGUCACACCGUUACAGCGUCACACCGUCAGACCGCCGCCGCAUCGUUUCACCGUUACAGCGUCACACCGCCACACCGUCACAGCGUCACACCGUUUCACAGUCACACUUUCACACCGUCAUAUCGCCACGCCAUCACACUGUCACACCGCCAGUCACAGUCACAGCGGCACACCGUCACACCUUCACAUCGUUACUGUGGUGUGGCGACACCGACAUACCAUCACACCGUCACGCCACCAUACCGUCAGACUUUCACAUCAUCACACUGCUACACCGUCAUAUCGUCACACUUUGACAUCGUCGUACCGCCUCUCUAUCAUGCCGUCACACUGUCACACCGUAUGUUGCUACUUGAUGGCAACAAUGGAACGAAAUCACAAACCAAUAUAGAAAAUGCUACAGUUCGAGCGUCGAGGUAA